AUGGGCGUCUCGCUGCUGCUGCAGAAGCGGCUUGCCGCGUCGGUGCUCAAGUGCGGCAAGCGCAAGGUGUGGCUUGACCCCAACGAGGUGAAUGAGAUCAGCAUGGCUAACUCGCGGCAAAACGUGCGCAAGCUCGUCAAGGACGGGUUUGUGAUCAAAAAGCCGCAGAAAAUGGUUGGGUAG